CUAAGGUUCUAACAGCGCCAACAGCAAACAGCAACAGUUAACAGUUAACAGUUCUAAAACAGUUCAUCUAGCAAAGGAUUCUGCAGCUCAACAUGCGCUACGCUCUGCUCGUCGUAUUCCUGUGCGGUCUCAUGUUUGCCAUUGCCUCGGCUGGCUUGCUGGGCGGCGGUGGUGGUGGUGGCGGCUAUGGUGGUGGUGGCGGCGGCGGCAAAGGCGGUUGGCAAAAGAAUGGCGGAGGCGGCGGCGGUGGCGGUGGACAAGGAGGCUGGCAAAAGAACGGAGGAGGCGGCGGUGGAUAUGGCGGCGGUGGUGGCGGCAAGUCUCUCGCCGGCAAUCGGGGCAGCUCGGUGUCCUGGCAAGGUGGUAACGGCGGCGGCGGCGGCGGCAAGCACGGUGGAGGCGGCGGCGGUGGUGGCGGCGGCUAUGGAGGCGGUGGCAAGCACGGCGGUGGCGGUGGUGGUGGUGGCAAGCACGGCGGUGGCGGCUGGUAAAGCGAACUCCCAAACCACACAAUGAGAACUCCAAGACGCAACGAAAUGUAAAUACUCUGGCUGCUCCCUCGACUGCUUCUACGGCACAAACAUAGAGCUAGCGGCAUUACCCCAAGUGCUAUAACUAAAUUAAUUUUUUUUUGCUUACUUACUUAGUAAUACCCAAAGUUUGUCAAGUCUUUUCCUCCCUCUCUUUAUGUUUAAUUGUACU